GAGCCCAGCGAAAUGCUCUUGGAUAUAGAAUGGGAUCACCCUCUGCUCUGAUAUCACGUUAACCUAUUUCUGGAAGUGAGUGAACCGAGGAGCUGCGGGCGGUCUUACUUCCCGGACCCAUCCUUGAGGGACACUGGAGCUUGCAUGUUUCGGAGGUCACUUUUCGCCACAAAACAACAGACAUCAACCUGUGGAUGGCGAGAGCAUCAGGAGAUUAUUUUCGUGGCUCUGCAAUAGCGCUGUCACCCCCCUCUGCCAUUGAAAUCUAGGGCGCUUUGGCUGUAACCGGCUCCGCUACCCGCGGCUCACAUGAAAAGGUGGAAAAACGGGAAGUCUGAAAGAGGAUUGAUUUAGAUUUAUGAAUGGCCCCGACAUGGAGGAAAUUCCGUUUCAGAAAGUCAAAACCCGGAGGAAGAGAGGGCACUGUCCGGCGGGGACCCCUUUAAAUGCCAUCGCCUGCGAGGACGAGUUCGACUGCAAGGAGCUGGAGUCGCUCUUCCAAAAUUACAACCUGAAACUGGAGCAGACGUCGACCCUGAAAGCUCUGGCGGUUCUGAUCAUCAUGGCAUCAACUUUGGCUUUGGUGGAACUGAUGUCCGGACCCAGCCUCACCAUCUCCAAAGGAUCGCACCCGGUGCACUGCAUCAUAUUCAUCUCCCUGUUCAUUGUCACUAAUGUCAAGUACCUGCAGGUGACACAACUCCAGCAGAUCGUCAAGCUGACCCUGCUCUUCAGUUUUACUUUUUCCUUCCUCUGCUGUCCGUUUUCUCUGGGAGCCUACGGCAUGGAGCCUCCGACGUCCCCGGAGCAAGGAAUGUGGCAGCUGAUGCUGGUCACAUUUGUCGCUUACUCGCUCCUGCCCGUGCGGACUCUGUUAGCCGUACUAUUUGGAAUUAUGGUGGCCAUAUCCCAUGUAAUUGUAACUGCGACGUCAGUCACGGUUAAAAGACAGCGAUUGUGGAGAACGCUGGUGGCCAACACCGUGCUCUUCACCAGCGUGAACCUGUCAGGAGUCUUUGUGAGGAUCCUCACUGAGCGCGCUCAGAGGAAGGCCUUUCUGCAGGCACGCAACUGCAUCGAGGAGAGGCUGCGGCUGGAGGACGAGAACGAGAAGCAGGAACGCCUUCUGAUGAGCCUGUUGCCCAGGAACGUCGCCAUGGAGAUGAAGGAGGACUUUCUGAAGCCCCCGGAGAGGAUAUUCCACAAGAUCUACAUUCAGAGGCAUGACAACGUCAGUAUCCUGUUUGCAGACAUCGUGGGUUUCACGAGCCUGGCCUCCCAGUGCACCGCUCAAGAGCUCGUCAAGUUGCUGAAUGAACUCUUUGGAAAGUUUGACGAGCUGGCUACGGAGAACCACUGCAGGCGUAUCAAGAUCCUGGGAGACUGUUACUACUGCGUUUCUGGCCUAACCCAGCCCAAGACCGACCACGCCCACUGCUGUGUGGAGAUGGGCCUGGACAUGAUUGAUACCAUCACCUCGGUGGCAGAGGCUACGGAAGUGGACCUGAACAUGCGGGUAGGGCUCCACACUGGCCGGGUGCUCUGUGGGGUGCUGGGGCUUCGGAAAUGGCAGUACGAUGUCUGGUCCAAUGAUGUGACGCUGGCCAAUGUGAUGGAAGCCGGUGGACUUCCGGGGAAGGUGCACAUCACCAGGACCACCCUGGAGUGCCUCAACGGGGACUAUGAGGUGGAGCCGGGCUACGGCCAUGAGAGGAACGCCUUUCUCCAGAAGCACCACAUCGAGACCUUCUUCAUCGUGCCCUCUCACCGGCGGAAGAUAUUCCCUGGAUUAAUACUCUCAGAUAUAAAACCUGCCAAACGGAUGAAAUUCAAAACCGUGUGCUACUUACUGGUGCAGCUCAUGCACUGCCGCAAGAUGUUCAAGGCCGAGAUCCCCUUCUCCAACGUCAUGACCUGCGAGGACGACGACAAGCGAAGAGCGCUCCGUACGGCCUCGGAGAAGCUGCGGAACCGCACCUCCUUCUCCGCCAGUGUGGUCCACAACUCUCCCGGGACGCGGGUCAACCGCUACAUCAGCCGGCUGAUCGAGGCGCGUCAGACCGAGUCAGAGACAGCCGACCUCCACUUCGUCACGCUGAUGUACAAGCGCGCUGAGCGCGAGAGGAAGUACCACCAGAUUCACGAUGAGCACUUCACCAGCGCCGUGGUUCUCUCUCUAAUCCUUGCUGCCUUAUUUGGUCUUGUCUACCUUCUAAUAAUACCACAGGGUACGGUUGUGCUAGUCCUCUUGGUGUUCUGCAUAUGCUUCCAUGCUGCCUGUAUUAUGUACCUGCAUGUCACUAGUGUACAGUGUUUUCCAGGUUGCCUCACCAUCCGGAUCAGAACAGCCCUAUGUGUGCUUAUAGUGCUCUUAGUCUAUGCCGUAGCCCAGGGAUGUGUGGUGACCUGCCUGCCAUGGGCCUGGAGUGGCAACAACUCCAGCACCUCGGUGGUCAUCGUCGACCCCAGGGGCGGGAACCGCACCAUGCCGGAGCGGCCCUGUGAGGGUGCCCACUAUGCCUUCCUCUCCUGCGUGGUGGGCACGCUCACCCUCGCCCUCUUCCUCCGUGUCUCCUCGCUGCCAAAAAUCCUCCUGCUCCUCUUCCUCAGUGUCUUAUACAUCGCUGUCCUGGAGAUCAGCGGCUUCAGGAAGUCCGUGGGGGCUGGAUUUUUCUUCGUCCGUGGAUAUGAGCCCAUCUUGGCCAUCUUGCUGUUUGCCAGCGCCCUGGCCCUUCACUUCAGACAGCUGGACCUGAAGCUGCGUCUAGACUACCUCUGGGCUGUACAGGCUGAGGAAGAGAGAGAUGACAUGGAGAGAGUGAAGCUGGACAAUAAGAGAAUUCUGUUCAACCUUUUGCCUGCACAUGUUGCACAGCACUUUCUGAUGUCUAACCCUCGAAAUAUGGACCUGUACUACCAGUCUUACGCCCAGGUGGGAGUGCUGUUCGCCUCUAUCCCCAACUUCAACGACUUCUACAUCGAGCUGGAUGGCAACAACAUGGGGGUGGAGUGCCUGCGGCUGCUCAACGAGAUCAUUGCCGAUUUCGAUGAGCUCAUGGACAAGGAAUGUUACAAGGACAUUGAAAAGAUCAAAACUAUUGGCAGCACGUACAUGGCAGCUGUGGGUUUGGUUCCCACCACUGGAAGCAAGGCCAAAAAGUCCAUCUCCUCGCACUUAUGCACAGUGGCGGACUUCGCCAUUGAGAUGUUUGAUGUCCUGGAUGCAAUCAACUACCAAUCCUACAACGACUUUGUGUUAAGAGUGGGAAUUAACGUGGGUCCUGUGGUGGCCGGGGUCAUCGGGGCCAGGAGACCUCAGUAUGACAUCUGGGGCAAUACGGUCAACGUGGCCAGCCGCAUGGACAGCACUGGAGUCCAGGGCAAAAUUCAGGUGACGGAGGACGUGCACCGCAUGCUGAAAGGUAACUACGACCUGGUGUGCCGCGGCAAGGUCAGUGUCAAGGGCAAAGGCGAGAUGCUGACUUAUUUUCUGGAAGGGAAAUGCCACGGCCCCGGCUCCCACACCAGAUCAAAAAGCCUCGAGCGCAAGCCACAUCCUUACGGCAGAGCCAACAUCCGCAUGAAGCUGGGAACGGGCUGCCCCUCUGUGUCGUCCGUGGCCGGUUUCCCAGUCAAGGCGAGCCUCGGGACAAUACAGACCACUCUGACAAACACAAACACCACCGCCCUGUACCUCCCGUCUGUCUCCGUGCCAGCAGGGAAGGACGUGUGAGAGAGAGACGCCAGCCCCAGCGAGAGGGACCCCCCGCUCCUCUCACCCGAAGCGCUCAGCCUGAGGGGGUCACAGGCAGACACACCGUUAAGGAUCCUGGCAGUCCAACCAAAGAGAACUUUGGGUUCUGUAAUGAAAAUCACUUAAGAAGUUAAAAAUAACUUUUGUUGGAAAGGUUAUAAGGGCUAAUGACUUUGUUAGGGGGCUGGUGGUAAGUGAAGGUUGAAAAACGCUUAUGUAAACUUCUUUUGAAUUUUUUUCUUUU